CUUAGAACUUCGCGCCGUAGAAGAUACCUUUAGUGCAUACCUAGUAGUACAGUAUAAAUUCACCUAUCACAGAUAUUCUGCAAGUCUUCCACACAACUAUCACAACGAUCGACGCAAAUGCGCAUAUACAUUUUGCGCAAACUCGGACACCGGAUCAACCUAUGCGGGCUGUUUUGAUUGCAUUAUCGCCAUUCACCCUUUCUCGCACGAUCGAUAUCCUCCCGACACGAUUAAUAGCCCUUCCACAGUCAUAUUGAAAGCCUCGUAACAUCACUACGUCAAAUACGACAAGCCGUUGCAAUACUUCGCAGCGACCACAUCAUGCCGAUUCGCGCCACAUCAUAGGACGAACAUGAUAUAUCGUGCUUCCCUACGGUAUAGCCGGCCUGUUUGAUGACCAACUAAGCGCGACCCGAGUUUGACUUGCACGCCGGAAACGGCGGCCACAUAUUCAGGAUGUUUCCAACCUUCACCGGCAAUUCGAGGCGACCUCGAAAUGUCAAUAUGAGCGGCCAGCGGAAUACAAACCCUUGGGCUACUGCUACCUCGAGUUGGCCCCAGCCCACCUCAGGUGCCUCCAAAACAGUAGCACAGGCACAAGCUGAACGUGAAAAGAGGCAAAAAGAACGUGACGAGUUGAAUGCCGCCAAGAGAAUUCAACGAGUUUGGAGAGGACAUAAGGACAGAUGGGGCUUCAAACAAACAUGCCGAGAAAAAUACGAUGCUCUUUAUAAGCAGCCGGUAGAACACGAUCUUUCAGGUCGUGUGGUUGCUGCUCUGCCUCUUUUGCUAGUGCUCUUCGACCCGGCUCAGGUAGAUGAUCAACGACGAUUAGAUCUAUUUAUCCAUGAUUUAGUCAGUCUGGGGCCAGCUCCUUCAAAUUUUGAUCUUUUCAGUCCACGUUCCUGGGACCGACUAGCAGAGCUCAUCGUGAAGUCUCUUGAGAAGCGUCAGGCUGGCUCGUCGCAAGCCCAUCUUAGCAUCUUAGUUGACAUCGUCAAAAGACGACAAGUAGCCAUUACUCACAUAUUAGUCAAGUAUUACAAACUUCUAUCAAAGUAUUUCGAGCAGAACAGUUGCAAGGGUAUCUCAGUAGAAGAACGAGAUAUCCUCGCCGAUGCCGCCACGGCUCCCUUGGGAUCUUCCUCAAAGCAAGAAAUACAUACUCUGCAAGCGUACAAGGCGUUUACAUCCUCAUUCCUCACGUCCCCAAAUCUAUCGUUAUUACAAAAAGAUCCCGCUCGAAUUGCUAGCUCCGUAAACCUCCAUAUCCUAUCACAAAGCGUGAUCGACAUCUACUCCAAACAAGAAAAUGCUAGCAGACUAUCGAAGAGUGCUUCACUGUGGCUCUUGGUACACUUUAUCGCCUUAAAUAGAAUAGCCCCCACUUCUCAGGGCACGAAAUAUCUGAGGGCUCUUUACCUCCAGCUAUCCAUCCUCGUCGAUGAUAUCCGAGUCCGCUAUGACCGAAAUAGCAACCUCCUUGGGACAAACAAUAACGAUGAUAACGCAUCCGAUGAGAAUGACAGCGAUGUCGAAGCCACUACUCCCUUAUCUGCAUGGGUGACGGACCAACUGGACUUCCUUGUAGAUGAGGAUGGUAUUUCAGAGCUCCUGAGUAGAUUAACUUCGACUGCACUGUCUUUAGAUCGCUUAUCCGAAGAUGCUAGUCUUCUUGCUGGUUACACGCUGGUACUAUUGAGGUGUUUCCCGAGCCACAGUGACGACAUCAAGAUGCGCCUUUUCCAGGGUGACAUCUCUACGAUUGAUUCGGCUAGCUCCAAGUCCAUGCCCUCUGUCAAGUAUUUCUGGAAGGCUGCCUCCAAUACCAGCAUAUUCAAGAAUCUCACGCAAACCAGAGCCCAGCCUACGUCUGUCAUCUCACUUCUACAACCAGAUCCCGUGCGUGAUCGAGAAUGGCGGACCAUAUUACUAUUCCUGGAACUAUACAACUUCCUUCUAAGACUCACUGACGAUGAAGAUUUCCUACCUGCGGACAGUCAGAUUAUCUCACAACAAAGUCUUGCGACAGUCCGAAUACGUUCUAGUGGCCUCAACCUAGACGAAUUGAAGCGGCUUAUCAACUUCCUCAAGAGCCUUUCAUUCCCAUUGUACUACAACUUAUCAGACAUCAUGCCAUCGGCUUCGAGAUCGACCCGGCUAAAUGCCUUCAUGGGCGUCGUUUCUGGAAACCAGGCGGUGCGAGAAGAGGAGCCCAAAGCUGCCCAACCAUCGUUCGCUGGAAUCAUCGGCAUGGACGUAUUAGGCUUAAGGAGUGCGUCAACAGCUACAAUGCGCUCGCUGUAUGAGAGAGACUCUCGACGACGCUUUUUACCAGCGGACUUCUGGCUCAUGACUUCGAAGUUUGAUAUGGACGGUUUCAUUUCGGCUGUCGUCUUAGAGGAGCAACAAAAAGAUCAAAUGGAAGAAGAUGGAGACGAUUCCGGUGAUUCUGAUGAAGAUACACUUGAUACUUUCCAUACGUCUACCGGUCAACGUCUCUCACGUGCAGCACAGAUUGAAAGACACCGACGUUUACGAAGAGUCCAGCGGGAACAAAUACUAGCCCAAGUUGGACCCAAACUCGAAAUACUUCGCAACAUGCCGUUCGCCAUUCCUUUUGAAGUUCGAGUUCAGAUAUUCCGCCAGUUUGUUUAUCUUGACAAAUUCAAGCGCCGUGGAGGCCAUGUUGACCCUGACCGGUGGCGGAUAUCAGUAAUGUCCGGAGAUGCGGUCAAUUCUAGAGGAAGAGACACCAUCGGCCGCCACACGGCUAGGGUCAAGCGCGGGAAUGUAUUUACCGACGCGUUCGACCAAUUUUACCCACUUGGGGAGAGCCUAAAGGAGCCUAUCCAGAUAACAUUCGUGGACAAGUUUGACCAACCUGAAGCUGGUAUUGAUGGAGGGGGCGUCACGAAGGAGUUCUUGACUAGCGUCAUAGAUGAAGCUUUCAACAACAGCCCAGGCGGCCACAACCUCUUUGCUACCAACAGCCAAAAUCUGCUAUACCCAAAUCCAACGGCGAUUGACGACUUCGCAGAGCUCCUUCGUCAUUGCAACAUCACAGAGAAUAGUACUACUUGGAGGGAUAGCUUCGCGGAUCUUGCUAGGCGUUAUGAGUUUCUUGGUCGGCUGGUGGGCAAAUGCAUGUACGAAGGCAUCCUUAUUGACAAGGCUUUUGCCGGCUUCUUUCUCCUCAAGUGGUCAGCAUCAGGGCAAGGCUCAAUGACUGAUUAUCGUGCAAACUUGAACGAUCUACGAGACCUGGAUCCAGAGCUAUACCAAGGGCUCAUCAAUCUCAAGAAUUAUCCCGGCAAAGUAAUAGAUCUAUCCCUAGACUUUACGAUAACUGAUGAGAUUCAUUUGCCUGAUGGAGGGGUCCGCACGAUAACCCGUCCGCUCUGCAAAAAUGGCGAGGAUAUGGCCGUCACAAACACCAAUCGUCCUCUCUACAUCUCGUAUGUUGUGAACCAUCGGCUCGUAGCACAACCAUACCGACAAACAAAGGCCUUUCUUAAGGGCCUCGGAUCUAUUAUCAACCCCGCAUGGCUAUCCAUGUUUAACCAGUCCGAACUUCAGCGUCUCGUAGGUGGCGACAGCUCAGAGAUCGACGUUGAAGACUUGCGACGCAAUACCGAGUACUCAGGCCUGUACGCUAUCGGCCAUGAUGGAAUAGAACAUCCAACGGUACAAAUGUUCUGGCAGGUAAUGCGAGAGUUUAAAGACUCGGAACGUCGAGAAGUGCUAAAAUACGUCACAUCAACACCGAGAGCACCAUUGCUAGGCUUCUCGCAACUCAGUCCCCACUUCAGCAUCAGAGAUAGCGGUACCGACGAGGAGAGACUACCCAGUACAAGCACAUGUGUCAAUCUUCUGAAACUUCCGCGCUACAGUUCGAAAGAAACGCUGAAGAGCAAGCUCCUCUAUGCCAUCCAAUCCGGAGCUGGCUUCGAUCUGAGCUAAUUGAAGACAAUGGUGCUAGUAUCGCAAACUCUACCUAAAUCACGAUGCUCUAGUGGGUAAAAUCCUUUGGCCAUGCUUAAUCACGGCGCAAGGAGACGUCGGUUAGAAUGUGUGCAAGUAGCUAAAAGCAGAAUGAAUUGACAUUGACAUUGACGAUCAUGAGUGAACUUGUCUCCCUAGUGAUCGAACAUUUAUCAACUGGUAGUCCUAGGUAGGUACCUAAGGCCUUAGUCCAGG